AUGCUCAGGCAAGUGCUAUCUCCAUUGACCAAUUCUAGCAACAUCGCAGUCAUUACUCUCGUGGUCCCCAGCAAGCUCGAGCCUCCCACCAGCCCAUCAUUACCACCGCUUGACCGGAUCAGAAGCUGUUCUAUCGUUUCUUUGCUGUUCGUCUUCGUUGCUCUUCGGAAAUGGGACUCUGCUACCUCAUCUUUCCUGGUCCCUAGCAAUCCUCCCAUAUGUUACUCUCGCAGUAUGGACCGAGACCACGUCCUGGAUCCGGGUGCGGUCUUCUUUGUGGAAUGGCCAACAUGGGCAAGACUUUGUGUGGUUUUAGGUGUUCUAUUAGUCAUACUUGUCGUGAUGGCAAUCUGUGUAAGGGUGCGAAACUGGAGGAAAAACCUCAUGCUCGAGAGAAAGGCUACCGAAGCAGAAGCUGAAAGGGCAGAAAUAAGUCUCUCGGCCAGGAAAAGCCAUGACAUACCUUUCGGAAUACGUGCACUGCUAGAAGAUCCAGAGGUCGAAGGAGUUUGGAAUUCGCGAACAAACACUCCUCUUCGUUGCUACUCGCCCCGAAAGCAUGGAUCAGUUGCAAGUCUGCAUCCUUGCAAUCCGCCAAAAUACACACCGUCGUCGUCUUCGAAUGCGCAGCCAAGGACCGAAGAGAGUGAACUGGUCUCUCCAAAUGAACGGCAGCCACUGAGAGAUCCAAUUACGAAAGUCGAUGGAGGCUCUGAUUCUCGAAGUAAGAGCAAGAAGUUUGUCAUCAAUCAUCAAGGACCUUACCUUCGAUCAGAUCUUGCGAGGGAGCCGGAUCGCGAUUCGAACACCACUCGCCCGAGAUUGGAUAAUUCUCCUUCAAAGAUGUACCUGCGUCCGACCGCAAAUCAAAGUUCCAAUAGUGGACGCAAGUUUGUCAUCGGCAAUCGACACAAAGACCUGCCUAGACACCCCGGACGCGAAGCGGUGUCUGAAGCGAACGCCCUCGAGCGCAUGGAAGCCCAUCGGAGAUUUCACGCUGCAGAAAGUGGACAAUUACUGCCUAGGUCUCGUCGACGUAAUACAGAUCUUGCUUUGAUGUCACCUCUCGCAUCAUCUGCCUCAGAUAGCGAUGAUGGCGACUCUGUCGAUAUUGUGUCGAGCCAAGUCAGGGCCUGGCAACGUGGUACAGCGGAGAUGAAUUUGGGCAAACAGCUGUCUCGACGAGUUGAGAGAAUGGAAGGUCCCAAGGCUGUUCCAUUCAGAGCAUUCGUCGAGUCGCUACCGACAUCCAAGCCUCCCCCGUCUGCUUGGACAAACAAAACUCAGGCAAGGCUCGAUGCCAAGUUACCGCCAUCCUCAAAAGGAAGCGAGACUGCCUCCCAGUCUUCCAAGCACACGCCCAACUCUUCAAUCAGCUCCACCUGUACUUCACCCACAUCUCAGACAAGCUCAGUCUCGAUUGUCAAUACCCGGACACGGAAAGUCAAUUCCGGUUUCGAAGUGCUCCCUGCUGGCACAUUAGAGAAAGGACCGGAUGUGAAGGAGUUUGGACUUUGGCCAGAGAACCCACGUGUCACCAUCUCCAAGAAGCCUAGAAAGCUGCAAAAGAGGCGGUCCCAGUCAAAUUCUUCAAGUCGCCGGAGCUCAGUGGAGAGUGCAAGAACGAGCAACGAAAGCUUUCGAUUCCCAGUAUUCUGAACGGAAAGGAACGGGGGCAUUAGUUUUGCCCGAUCAUGAUGUUGGAAUAUGAUUAAAUUGGGCUUGGAUUCAUCGAAGGUCGGAGUUAAUGGGACCAGGGUCGCAGUAAUGAAGGUGUUUUGCGGCUCUUAGGUGCUUCUAUUGGCAUAACGUUCACUCUUGGUCUUUCAGGAUGGCAUUAUUGCGCACGACUGUGCGUUUCUCGAGGUUUACACUAUCAGACUCAAAUAUUAUUUAAGUGCCUUUUAUGGUCA